UAAGAACGCUCCGCGUACAAGUUGUUUAGCUAAGCAAGACCUAUGUGAUACAUCCGACAAAUGUAAAACAUGUUGCACGCAGUACAGGUUAAAUUGGUAUAUGGCGGGGAAAUGUAAAGGUUUAUGUACAGCCGUUGGUCGAAGACAGCCAAGGGCUCUCGGUAUAGCGUUCACUGCGGUGACGCUGCGCCACUUUGACUGGGCCCUGUCUGAUACUUAGCCAUCCAGCUAACGCUGGUUCGAAGGCGACGAACUACGAAAAUUCACGGAACACAUCAGGGAUGGAGUCACAGAACCUUGUGGACGAUUUGUCGCCAAAGAAGAACACAGUUCUCAAGCUUAGUAAUGGUCCUGUUGUGGGGUCCCGCAAGCGUCCAUCAGAGGGAAACUAUGAAAAGGAGAAGGAACAUUGCAUCGCACUGUUUGACCAGUGGUCAGAGGCUGACCAGGUGGAGUUUGUUGAGCGCCUGAUCUCCCGUAUGUGCCACUAUCAGCAUGGCCACAUCAACUCCUACCUCAAACCCAUGCUGCAGAGGGACUUUAUCACUGCGCUGCCAGCUCAAGGCUUGGAUCACAUAGCAGAGAACAUCCUGUCUUUUCUGGAUGCACGUUCGCUGUGCUCGGCAGAGCUGGUGUGUAAGGAAUGGCAGAGAGUCAUCUCUGAGGGUAUGCUUUGGAAGAAGCUCAUUGAACGCAUGGUCCGCACCGACCCGCUCUGGAAAGGCCUCUCUGAGAGACACCAGUGGGAGAAAUACCUAUUCAAGAACCGCACAUCAGAAGUCCCACCCAACUCCUACUAUCACUCACUUUAUCCCAAGAUCAUCCAAGACAUAGAGACUAUUGAGGCUAAUUGGCGAUGUGGCAGACACAACUUGCAGAGGAUUCAGUGUCGCUCAGAAAACAGCAAAGGGGUUUACUGUCUCCAGUAUGACGAUGACAAGAUCAUCAGUGGCCUUAGGGAUAAUUCCAUCAAGAUCUGGGAUAAGCAGAGUCUGGAGUGUCUGAAGAUACUGACCGGUCACACAGGCUCAGUGUUGUGUCUCCAGUAUGAUGAGAGGGUUAUCGUCACCGGGUCUUCUGACUCAACCGUCAGGGUGUGGGAGGUAAUGACAGGCGAGGUACUUAAUACACUCAUCCACCACAAUGAGGCAGUUCUUCACCUGCGCUUCGCUAAUGGCUUGAUGGUCACCUGCUCCAAGGACCGCUCAAUUGCGGUUUGGGACAUGGCCUCGCCCACUGACAUCAGCCUUCGUCGCGUCUUGGUGGGACAUCGGGCUGCUGUCAAUGUGGUCGACUUUGAUGACAAAUACAUCGUCUCCGCCUCUGGGGACCGCACCAUCAAGGUAUGGAGCACCAGCACCUGUGAGUUUGUUCGCACUCUAAAUGGUCAUAAGCGGGGUAUCGCCUGUCUACAAUACAGAGAUCGACUGGUGGUUAGUGGCUCCUCCGACAACACAAUCCGGUUAUGGGACAUAGAAUGCGGGGCAUGUUUGCGAGUGCUGGAAGGUCACGAGGAGUUGGUGCGCUGCAUUCGUUUUGACAACAAGAGGAUUGUCAGUGGUGCCUACGACGGUAAGAUCAAGGUGUGGGACCUGCAGGCAGCCCUUGACCCACGAGCUCCCGCCAGCACAUUAUGUCUGCGCACUCUAGUGGAGCACUCGGGCCGCGUGUUCCGUCUUCAGUUUGAUGAGUUUCAGAUCAUCAGCAGUUCCCAUGACGACACCAUUCUGAUCUGGGACUUCCUGAACGUCUCAACCAAUGGGCAGUCAGAGGGGCGAUCUCCCUCCCGCACUUACACCUAUAUUUCUAGAUAGCAGGUGGCGUCGUCCAUCGGACCCUUCCUUGGAGGAGCCCAGGGCUGACUGGCUGAUGGGUGCAUCCAUCACGGAAAGGAGCCGAUCUCUUCUCUUUCCUCCUCGUCAUCUCUCUGUCCACCUCCUACCUUGCCCCGGCCACCUCACCCUCAACGCCCAAUCUGACAGACUCUUACAGCUCGUGCCCAUUGCCUGCCAGUACCGUGACAUGUACACACAGACACGCCACAUAUACACACACAGGUCAACACUUUUGAGGAUGCCCAACUACAGAAGCAAUGCAACUCACUCAAGAAGUUCACCUUUUACUAUUAAUUUAUGUUUUGUAAAGUACACUAAUGACAGUAUUAACAUAGAUCUAUAAGUCACAAGUUCCCUUUUGCCCCUUUGAUAGAAACUAUAAGCAGCUUCUGCUCCUCAGUUUUUAUCCCCAGCCAAAACAGGUUCCCACAGAUCUGAAAUUGCUUAUGGGUACAUAUUUAUGAACAUAUAUAAGACACACACACACACACAAGUUCACACACAGAUACAGUGGCGCAGUUGGACAGAGGGUGACUGGAGCUGUGAUGUGGGAGACAGAGACUCUUUACUCAGCUCUAGAAAAGGAGGGAAUGACUGGAGAUAGAGUGAAACGAGGGAAAAGUGUGUCAGGGAUGAAUCCCCUGCUCCCUCUCACUCCCUCGCACCCUUCCCUGUCUCUUUCAGCCCCUUCCCCCUCCCUUUCCCCCAUUUGCUCCCUCAGCUCUAACCCCAGAGAUGCACACUUGCUUGGAAUAUGGGGAUGCACACACUCAAGAUCGAGUGUGUUUGUGUAUGUGGACUUGUGAAACGGCAGAACAGAGCAGAAGCAGCAAACAGACUGACAUGCAUGUGAGGUUGCCUUGGAUACAGCAUCCCGGUGCACCUCUGCUUUUUUUUUUUUUUCUCUAACUCUUACUUUCUUACUGUUUUUUAUUACUGUUAUUUUCUAAUUUUAUUUGAGUAUUUUGGUUCUUAGUACCAACAUCAAACUAAGUGUAGUCCUCUUUCUCCUACUCCCCCUCUCUCUUUCUCUCACUGUCUUUUUCCUGUGUUUCUUCUAACUUUGACCCUUGUUCAUCAUCUGUCCCUUUCACUCCAUCUUUCUCUCCCUCCAUCAUCUACGUGCUUGCUUUGGAUAUGAGAGAAGCUGGAAUUCAAGAGCUCAAAUUUAGCUGUAAACGGAGUUGUCUUGUCAAAAAUUGUGUUGUAUAUUAAAAAUGAUUUUUUAAAGAAGAAAAUGACCCUAUUGUGAAUAAAGUACUUGACAGUGGUGGAGUGUUGAGCCAACUGAAACAUG